UAAGAGACUUAGGAUGGACCCAUAGUCUCUGCUUGUGAGCAAUGCAUCCUGGUACAUGUAGGCACCGCUGGCAUGGCUUUGCGAGCAGGAGAACUCACAUGACUACAUUUACCAUCAACACUGACUGGACAUCCACAUUAAAGGUGGCAAGCACUUUCACAUUCUGUCUGAACCCAGUCAUGAGUCAGAGUAUCCCCGCAAAAUACACACACAUAAGCACACACUUUCCAACAACCCCCGACUACUGAAAUGAAUCUGGUGCCUGUGAUGCAAAUUAAAGUCAGGCACAGACUACAGGAGUUUAAAAACUAAUUUUGAUAUCGGGUUGCAUCGUUCAUUCACAAAUGUUCGUCUCUAUGAUUUCAAACAUUCACACACUACAAGACUUGAAAAUAAUGGCGCAUGACACACUACAGGAUGUUUUUAAGAUUGCCAUGCCAGAAAGAGCAUGAAUGCACCACCUCAGGUGAUCUCAUGGGGAAGCAGAUGUAAACAAAAUGGAGACUGGCAUGGUGCAACAACACACUGUAAUGUUAACAAUGCUUUGAGGUGAGAAAAACAAACGCAGAAGACCAAAAUAGUCUGCAUGAGAAAAACAUCUAUAAAAAGUCUACUCUUCAGCGAAAACUGGAGGUAAAACUUUAACCGUCAGUUUAAAUAUCCGUCAACAGUAGUAAAGUUAGCCUCAAGAGCUAGAGUGUUUACCCUUGCUUGGCAACAUCGUCAGCUGCUCCAUACUGAUGUAAUCAUAAAAGUUAUUAUACAGAUUUAUAAUUAUCGAUCUGUGAGCAGCUUGGGAGGUUUAAGACUGGAUCUGUUAAACUGUGACAGAAAAAAAGUGAAAAACCUAGAAUUACUACCCCACGGUUUUAUGCCUCUGUGCACCAGUUAAGUUUCUCUUACAGUUUACACCCAUGUCUAAGAAAACAUAGAUGCUUUACACACAGAACUAUACAAUCAGCACAGUUUCAAGGUGGGCACGCAAAAUUAGAGUCACCACUUCAGUAUCUGACCAAAUGUUUCAUGAUUAUUAUUAUUUUAUCCUAUUUGACAUUUGUGUUAAGUUGUGUCAUAAUUAGCAUAUAAAUCCUUGACUUAUGGCUAAAAACAUAUUUUGUGAGGUCACAGUGACCUUGACCUUUAACGACAAAAUUCUAAUCAGUUUAUUCUUCAUUCCAAGUGAACAUUUGUGCCAGAUUUGAAGAAAUUCUCUCAAAGUAUUCUUGUGAUAUCACACUGACAAGAAUGAGACAGAUGAGGUCACACUGAUCUUGAACCCUGACCUAUGACCACCAAAAUCUAAUCAGAUCAUUGUUGAGUCUACGUGAACCUUUGUGCCUAAUUUGAAGAAAUUCCUACAAGCAGUUCUUGAAAUAUCCUGUUCCAGAAUGAGGUGGAUGUAAGGUCAUGCAGACAUCAACCUUUGACCCCUGACCACCAAAAUCUAAUCAGAUGAUUGUUGAGUCUCAGUGGACCUCUGUACCAAAUAUGAAGAAAUUCCCUGUAGGCGUCCUUGAGAUACUAUGUUCACAAGAAUGAGACAGAUAUGGUUACAGUGACCUUGACGUUUGACCUACGACCGCGAAAAACGAAUCAGUAAAUCAUUCAGUCCAACUGGACAUUUGUGCCAAAUUUGAAGAAACUCCCUUGAGGUGUUCUUAAGAAAUCGCUUAACAUGGGUGGGACAGACGGACAACCCGAACACAUAAUGCCUCUGGCCACGGCUAUCACCGGUGCAGAGUGUUUCCUUUUUCAGUUCAAGUUUUGUUUUCAAUGCCAAAACUUAAUAUCACUGUUCAAGUUCCAUACCUUCCCUGCUCUUCCCAACAGGACCACUUGCAUCAUAUGGAUUUCCUGGACCACGUGGACCACCUGGACCUGCUGCAUUCUGUGGACGAGAUAAUUUUGGCCCUAUUAUGGAGGAACUUGAAACCUUAAAGAGCCUUGUGAAGUCCAAGCUGAAGCUGAAUCGCUGAAGAUGAGGAUGAUUCUUCUACUCUGCAUCCUCUGCCUGAUGACUUCUACUGCCCACAAUCAGGCUGCAGGAGUUCCUGGACCACCUGGACCAUCUGGACCUGCUGGACCUGCUGGACCACGUGGAUUUCCUGGAGAACGUGGAGCUCCUGGACCACGUGGAAUGACUGGAUUUCCUGGACCACCUGGACCCGCUGCAUUCUGUGGACAAGAUAAUUUUGGCCCUAUUAUGGAGGAACUUGAAACCUUAAAGAGCCUUGUGAAGUCCAAGCUGACUAUAAACUACGACUUUGUCCGCAGCGUUGGUCAGAAAUACUUUGUGUCCAACAAGGAGAUGGGCUCGUUCUCCAGGGCCGUUGAGUUCUGCUCCCAACGAGGCUUAGAGCUGGCUUUGCCCCAGAACGAGGAAGAGAACAACAUACUGACUCAAGUGUUUGUGGAAAGUAACGAGAAUGCCUGGAUCAACGUCAACAAUAAAGCAGUGGGGAAUUCUGAGGCUGAUAUGAAAAACCAACAUCUGGUCUUUACCAAAUGGGGAGAAGGGCAGCCAGACAAGUCCAUCCAGGAUACAGGCUGCACUAUGCUGUCAGAAAAUGGUGUCUGGAAAGUGACACCUGAAUGCUCUCUGAAUGCUUACAUCAUUUGUCAGAUAUAGAAAGUUCUUGUAUCCAAGAUGAGAAACAAUUGCUCCUAGAAAUAAUAACUUUCACAUGUUGAAUUUCCCCAAAACGAUUAUCUCAGAUCCUUGUCACUACUACAGACAUGUAUAAUUGCAUCAUUAGCACUGCAUUAUUUCUGCUGCAAAGAUGUAUUCCUAUAUAUAAAGGAGUUAAAGCAACAAUAUGAUAUAUGUAUAGAAACAAUGGUUAAUUCUGAAGGCAUUCAGUGUGUCACAAUAAAGUGUACGGC